UUAAAACCCAUUCUUUAAACCCUAAAAACCCUAGAAGCUCUUCUAGACCCUUCUCUGCCUCUACUCAUAUAUACGCCUCCCUUGCUCUGCGGCGGCACCACUGUGCUCUACAUCUUUACGUGCUCAUCUGUAAAUCCUUCUCACCCACAUCUACUCUCAAUAAAAAUAUGUAUCGCUUUGCAGCUAAUCUUGCCUCUAAGGCCAGGGUCGCUAAGAACAGCAUAUCACAGGCAAGUGGAAGCUUAAUUUGGAGCAGAAAUUAUGCUGCUAAAGAUAUUAGAUUUGGAGUGGAGGCUCGGGCCUUGAUGCUCCAGGGAGUGGAAGAGCUUGCUGAUGCCGUGAAAGUCACCAUGGGUCCAAAGGGACGCAAUGUUGUGAUUGAACAAAGUUGGGGUGCACCAAAAGUUACAAAAGAUGGUGUUACUGUUGCAAAAAGUGUUGAGUUUAGCCACAGAAUAAAGAAUGUUGGAGCAAGCCUUGUUAAACAAGUUGCUAAUGCAACUAAUGAUGUUGCUGGUGAUGGUACUACUUGUGCAACAGUUCUCACCCGCGCCAUAUUUGCUGAAGGCUGCAAGUCGGUUGCUGCUGGUAUGAAUGCAAUGGACCUCAGGCGUGGAAUCACCAUGGCUGUUGAUGCUGUUGUAACAAACCUGAAGAGCAGAACAAGAAUGAUUAGCACAUCUGAGGAAAUUGCCCAGGUUGGGACAAUUUCUGCAAAUGGAGAAAGAGAAAUUGGUGAGCUUAUUGCAAAGGCCAUGGAAAAGGUUGGCAAAGAAGGUGUCAUCACAAUUCAAGAUGGCAAGACAUUGUUCAAUGAGCUUGAAGUUGUGGAGGGGAUGAAACUGGACAGGGGAUACAUCUCCCCUUAUUUCAUCACAAAUCAGAAGAACCAAAAAUGUGAGUUGGAUGACCCUCUUAUUUUAAUCCAUGAGAAGAAAAUAUCAAGCAUAAAUGCCAUCGUGAAGAUCUUAGAGCUGGCUUUGAAGAAGCAAAGACCACUGUUGAUCGUGGCUGAAGAUGUGGAUAGUGAUGCACUGGCUACUCUUAUCCUCAACAAACUACGUGUUGGAAUCAAGGUCUGUGCCAUAAAAGCACCAGGAUUUGGUGAAAACAGGAAGUCUAAUCUUCAGGAUCUUGCUACUCUCACAGGAGGCCAAGUAAUAACCGAAGAGCUUGGAUUGAACAUUGAAAAUGUUGAUAUUGAAGUGCUUGGAACAUGUAAAAAGGUCACUGUGUCAAAAGAUGAUACAGUCAUUCUUGACGGUGCAGGAGAAAAGAAGACAAUUGAGGAAAGAUGUGAACAGAUUCGUUCAACAAUAGAACUGAGCACAUCUGAUUAUGACAAGGAGAAGCUGCAAGAGAGACUAGCUAAGCUAUCUGGUGGCGUGGCUGUAUUAAAGAUUGGAGGUGCAAGUGAAGCUGAAGUUGGUGAGAAGAAAGAUAGGGUUACUGAUGCACUAAAUGCAACAAAAGCAGCCGUUGAGGAAGGAAUUGUCCCUGGUGGUGGUGUUGCUCUUUUGUAUGCAUCCAAAGAAUUGGACAAAUUACCCACAGCCAACUUUGAUCAGAAGAUUGGUGUUCAGAUAAUCCAGAACGCAUUGAAGACACCAGUGCAUACAAUUGCCUCUAAUGCCGGAGUAGAGGGUGCUGUUGUGGUUGGCAAGUUGCUUGAGCAAGAUAACCCUGAUCUUGGAUAUGAUGCUGCUAAAGGUGAAUAUGUGGAUAUGGUGAAGGCUGGGAUUAUUGACCCAUUGAAAGUGAUAAGAACAGCUUUGGUGGAUGCCGCAAGUGUUUCUUCCCUCUUGACUACCACAGAAGCGGUUGUGGUUGAGCUUCCCAAGGAUGAGAAGGAAACUCCAGCCAUGGGUGGCGGCGGUGGAAUGGGUGGCAUGGACUUUUAAAUAUUGAUUGGCCAAUCAUUUCUUUCAACUCCCCUGUCUGCAUACAUAAAUAAGAGCCAUGCAUGGACCAUGGUGGCUCUGCCAUUUUCUGGGAGUGCAUUUACUUGCUAUGAUCAAUCUAGUACUACUCUAAGACUGUUCAGAAAUGAAUGGGUGGUUUUGUUAGGUUCAACCAAAGAAAUUGUAAUUUCACUAGAGGGGGACACAUUUCGAGAAUUUAUCAUUUAUGAAUGGUAAUUUUUUUUCUAUCCAAGGCUCCAUUGAUUUGCAGUGAAUAUGUUCUGGACAUGCAUACUUUAUGGGUUUUCUUGGAGGCUGCUACAAGUGAAUAUGUGUUUGAAGUGGAAAACGCUUUUUGACUCAGAUUAAAUUUCUGUUUUGA